GUCCGGCUGCUGUCCUGUGGGGCUCAGACACUGCCCGGAACCAGUACUUUUUGGGUGACGUCUCCCAUCAGCCCCUGAGCAGCCUGGCCAGUCGGUGAUGGGUUUUUGGGAAUCACAGCCUGGAAAGAAAUGUUUGUUCAAGCUGGACUCGGGUGGCAACCUUUGGGCACAUCCACAAACCCUUCCUUCCUCUUCUGAAAGCAGCAAACUUGGAAGCCCCCCCCUCGGGCCUCCUGGGGACGGGGCCUCGGGAAGCGGGGCUAAUUGCCCACCCCUGCCGUCUCCCCAGCUCGCCAUGGCCCACCUGCGGUGCGCCCUCCGACUUGCCUCGCCCUUCCAGGCCCCAUCCCCUGGGAGACGGCUCCAGUUCUUCAGCAGCGCGAUGGGUCCAACUGCAGAGAAGAAGGUCCCCUAUGAGAAGACGCUGAAGAGCCCGAGCCCCCCCGGGGGGCAGGGGGCCACCAAGUCGCUCCCGGCCUCUGCAGAGGUUGUGGUGGUCGGUGGCGGGAGCCUGGGCUGCCAGACCCUCUACCACCUGGCCAAGAUGGGGGUGGGCUCGGCCGUCCUGCUCGAGAGGGACCGCUUGACCUCUGGGACGACCUGGCACACCGCAGGGCUCCUGUGGCAGCUGCGGCCGAGCGAUGUGGAGGGGGAGCUGCUGGCCCACACCCGCCACGUUGUCAGCCAGGAGCUGGAGCAGGAGACGGGGCUCCACACGGGCUGGAUCCAGAACGGAGGGCUCUUCAUUGCCUCCAGCAAGCAGAGGCUGGACGAGUACAAGAGGCUCAUGUCGCUGGGCAAAGUCUACGGCAUCGAGUCGCACGUCCUGUCUCCUGCGGAAACGAAGGACCUCUACCCGCUGAUGAACGUGGAUGACCUGCACGGCACGCUCUUCGUCCCCAAAGACGGCACGGUGGACCCCGCCGGGACCUGCACCGCCCUUGCCCGGGCGGCCACGGCUCGAGGCGCGCUGGUGGUGGAGAAGUGCCCAGUGACUGGCAUUGAGGUCAGAACGGACGAUCUGGGAGUCAAAAGGGUGGCGGCGGUUGUGACGGAGAGCGGGACCAUCCAGACACCUUGUGUGGUGAACUGUGCAGGUGUGUGGGCCCCAUCCCUGGGGAAGAUGGCCGGGGUGCGCGUCCCCCUCGUGGCCAUGCACCAUGCCUACGUGGUGACCGAAAGGAUCGAGGGGAUUCAGAACAUGCCGAAUGUUCGGGAUCAUGAUGCAUCGGUGUAUCUGCGUCUCCAAGGCGAUGCCCUUUCUGUGGGUGGCUAUGAGUCAAAUCCCAUCUUCUGGGAGGAGGUGUCGGACAAAUUUGCCUUUGGCCUCUUUGAUCUGGACUGGGAUGUGUUCACACAACACAUUGAAGGCGCGAUCGGCCGAGUCCCCGUACUGGAGAGAACGGGGAUCAAAUCCACGGUCUGUGGCCCAGAAUCGUUCACUGCAGACCACAAGCCUCUCAUGGGAGAAGCGCCAGAAGUCCGGGGUUUUUUCUUGGGCUGUGGUUUCAACAGUGCGGGGAUGAUGCUCGGAGGGGGCUGUGGGAAGGAGCUGGCCCACUGGAUCAUCCACGGGCGUCCCGAGAAGGACAUGUACGGCUAUGACAUUCGGAGGUUCCACCGCGGCCUCACCGGGAACCACCGCUGGUUGCGAGAGCGGAGCCACGAGGCUUACGCCAAGAACUACGCCAUCGUCUUCCCCUACGAUGAGCCCAUGGCCGGGCGUAACCUGAGGAAGGACCCCUUGUAUGAGGAGCUGCUGCGACAGGGCUGUGUCUUUCAGGAGAGGCACGGCUGGGAGAGGCCAGGCUGGUUCAGUCCAACAGGUGAAGCACCGGUUCUGGAUUACGACUACUACGGCGCGUACGGCCACCAGCCCCACAAAGACCACGCCUACAGCCGGUUGCUCUCUGAGGAGUACACCUUCGAUUUCCCGCCUCACCACCACGUUAUCAGGAAGGAGUGCUUGGCCUGCCGAAACUCGGUCGCCCUCUUUGACAUGUCCUACUUUGGGAAAUUUUACCUGGUUGGCCCCGAGGCCAGGAGGGCCGCCGACUGGCUCUUCACAGCAGACGUUGGCAAGCCUCCGGGGGCAACCGUCUACACCUGCAUGCUCAACAAGCACGGGGGAGUGGAGAGUGACCUGACGGUGAGCCCCAUCGAGCCCAGCGCCCGGGACUCGGCCCUGGAGCCUGCCUUCGAAGGCGCCGGCUACUACCUGGCUGUUGGGGGGGCCGUGGCACAGCACAACUGGACCCACCUCACGACUGUCCUUCAGGACCAGCGGCUGCAGUGCCGGCUGAUUGACCGCUCAGAAGACCUUGGGAUGAUCAGUGUCCAAGGGCCGUCCAGCCGCGCCGUCCUGCAGGAAGUUCUGGACGCAGACCUCAGCAACGAGGCCUUCCCCUUCUCCACACACAGACUGGCCAAGGCGGCCGGCCGUCUGGUGCGGGCCAUGAGGCUCUCCUUUGUUGGGGAGAUGGGCUGGGAGCUACACGUGCCCAAGGAAGACUGUGUCGCCGUCUACCACGCGAUCAGGAAGGCCGGGGCCAAGUAUGGCAUGGUCAACGCCGGCUACAGGGCCAUCGACUCCCUCAGCAUCGAGAAAGGCUACAGGCACUGGCAUGCGGACCUUCGGCCGGACGACAGCCCCCUGGAGGCAGGCCUGGCCUUCACCUGCAAACUCAAGUCCAGCAUCCCUUUCCUGGGGCGGGAAGCCGUGGAGGCCCAGAAAGAUGCCGGAAUAUUCCGUCGCCUGGUCUGUUUCACCAUUGACGAGAAAGUCCCCCUCUUUGGGCUGGAGGCCAUUUGGAGAAACAACCGGAUCGUCGGGCACAUCCGUCGAGCGGACUUCGGGCAUGCCAUCAACAAGACCAUUGCCUACGGCUACAUCCGGGACCCAGAUGGAGGGCCAGUUUCUCUUGACUUUGUGAAAAGCGGCGAGUAUGUGCUAGAGCGGAUGGGGGUCCCCUACCCAGCCAAAGCCCACACGAAGUCCCCCUUUGAUCCGGAGAACAAGAGGGUGAAAGGGAUCUAUGGAGCCUGAUGGGAAAAGAGCCGCACCACUGGCCAGAAGGGAGAGAACGACUGUCGGAGGAAGAGGAGGAGGAGGAGAAGCCAUUUAUUUCUCCAGCACCUGAAGGAGGCGAGAGAAGCUGAAUCCGGCUGCAAUGGGGGGGGGAGUACCCUUCCCUUCCCUCUUGCUUCCAUCAUCAGAGGACAGCUGGGGGGCCUUUUUGGAAUCCCGCCCACAGAGCUCUCAUCGGCUCCCCCCCCAAAAGAGAUACGCGCCCCUCCUGUCGUCCCCAGAACCUCUCUGAAUGACGACUGCAACAGCAGCACCAACCCAGUUGAAGGCACUGGGGGGUGGAGGGGUUCCCUUUGCAAAUCAAGUGGUUAUGAUGUGAGUCCAUCGGCAAAGAAAUAAAACCAACGCACCCAACAGCA